AGAGAGAUAAAUAGUCAUAGAGAAAAUACCCUGAUCUAUUUUACUACCUUAUGGGUUCGGAAGUCGUAUCCGCCGUGGAAAACAUGCAGCAACCUUUACUUGAGCCAUCAAAAUCGGAUGUCGACUUCAGGAUGGAGAGUGUGUUAACAGACCCUCACUUGCCUUAUUACCGGCGAGUUUACUUGGCGGCGUUGAUAGAGAUCAAGUUUCUAUUCCACCUUGCAGCUCCGGCUAUCUUCGUCUACGUGAUCAACAAUGGCAUGUCCAUGCUCACUCGUAUCUUCGCUGGUCGAAUGGGAAGUAUGCAACUCGCCGCAGCUUCUCUAGGAAACAGCGGUUUCAACAUGUUCACCUUUGGUCUCAUGCUUGGAAUGGGAAGUGCAGUGGAGACACUAUGUGGGCAAGCCCACGGGGCUCAGAGAUACGACAUGCUCGGCGUCUACUUACAAAGAUCCACCGUGGUUUUACUCGUCACCGGACUUCCAGUGACAUUACUCUUCAUCUUCUCUACACCUCUCCUCACUUUACUCGGCGAGCCAGCUGACGUGGCAUCAACGGCUUCCAUCUUUAUCUACGGUAUGAUCCCUAUGAUCUUCGCUUACGCCGUUAACUUCCCUAUACAAAAGUUCCUCCAGUCACAGAGCAUCGUUACGCCUAGCGCUUACAUCUCAGCAGCCACCCUCGUCCUCCACCUGCUCCUCUCAUGGCUCGCUGUCUUCAAGCUUGGAUGGGGUUUACUUGGUCUCUCCGCGAUCCACAGUCUCUCAUGGUGGAUCAUUGUCAUUGCUCAGAUCAUGUAUAUCAAGAUGAGCCCUAGGUGUCGCCGGACUUGGGCAGGGUUUAGCUGGAAAGCUUUCGACGGUCUAUGGGACUUUUUCCGGUUAUCUGCGGCUUCGGCGGUCAUGCUCUGCCUUGAGGCUUGGUAUGCUCAGAUUCUUGUUCUCCUUGCCGGACUUCUCAAAAACCCUGAACUUGCUUUGGAUGCCCUAGCUAUAUGCAUGGCAAUUUCUGCAAUCUCGUUCAUGGUCUCCGUUGGAUUCAACGCAGCUGCAAGUGUGAGAGUUAGUAACGAAUUGGGCGCUGGACAUCCCAGAUCAGCGGCAUUUUCAACUGUAGUAACUACAGGAGUAUCGUUUAUACUGGCAUUGUUUGAAGCUGUAGUGAUCCUCUCGUGGCGGCAAGUCAUCAGCUACGUUUUUACAGACAGUCCAGCGGUUGCCGAAGCCGUAGCCGAACUCUCUCCUUAUUUGGCCAUUACCAUAGUUCUUAACGGAAUUCAACCAGUUUUAUCCGGUGUGGCCGUUGGAUGUGGGUGGCAAGCAUUUGUGGCAUACGUGAACAUAGGAUGUUAUUACAUUGUGGGGAUUCCAAUUGGUUAUGUUCUUGGUUUCACCUAUGAUAUGGGAGCUAAGGGAAUAUGGACAGGAAUGAUUGGGGGCACACUCAUGCAGACUAUUAUCUUGCUUAUCGUCACUAUCCGAACUGAUUGGGAUAAAGAGGUGGAGACGGCUUCGAGACGAUUAGACCAGUGGGAAGACUCUCAAGCGCCGCUUCUUAAGCAGUAAACAAAUUUAUUUUUCAUUUUCAAAAAGAAUAUUAUGGGGAGACUUGGAGGUCAAUUUUAUUUUAUUUCUUCUUGUUCCGAUCGGUUUGUUAAUGAAUGGGAAAACUGAUAAUUUUCUGAGGGGGUUAGAGUAAAGAGAUCAUGUACAUUUUAGAAAGAAGACGACGUAAUAUUGAGAAGUGAGAAUGAAAUGUUGAAGAAAAAUUGAUGUCUUGUGUGGAAGAGUGUAGUAAACCCUUUGUAUGAAAUAAAUCAAGUAAUGAUGCAAUAAGUUACCGUUUCACACUUGAAUCAUAUAGUCAAUCUUAAUUCAAUUUAAAGUUUAAUAAACGAUGUAAUAUUAAACUUCAGCGAGCGAUGUAAUAGUUGAUAAGAAACAACGUCAAAUUUUAUAUGUUCAAUCGUAAUUAUUUUUCUAAUAGCAUUUUAGUCAGUACAUAAGAAUAAAAACCAUUCGUAAAACUAAUGUGAUCUUCAUGUGAAUGUUGAAAGCGAACAUAUUGGAUUUGUCAAUGUGGUUCGAUAGCUACUGAAAAGGUUUGGCACUUGUCAAUCUGGUUUUGAUAGCUACUGAAACGGGUUGGCACUUGUCAAUCUGGUUCUGAUAGCUACUGAAAAAGCUUGGCUAUUUAAUUUUCUUGAACAAACCUCUUUUUGUUUUUUUUACGGAUAACCCAAAAUAAGAAUACAAAUUAAGAGAAAGAUACAAGAUGAUGAUGAUGGUCCACAUGUCAUGCAUACUAUUUAUAUGCACACUAUACAGAUUUCAGGACCAUGCAUAAUAUGGUUUUGUUCCUAUAUCUCGUGAGUCAAUAAUAAUUAACUAUAUGUUGGGUCAUUUUCUAAUUUUGUCUCGUGGUGGAAUUGGAAACGUACUUUGACAAAAAAAGAAUAAAAGAUUUGCAACUUGUGAAGCAAUUAUAAUUGUUUCAUAAUAUGGUUGGAUACGUAAUGAGAUUUUAGCUCGUACGAGUUGAUGAAUUUACACAGACUAAACCGAUGAUAGAGACCGGGCAUCAUCUAAAUCUGGACAUACAGAUCCAUUGACCAUCAAAUAGUGCUUGUAACCUGAUUUGGAUUUCCGAUUUUCGAGUUGAAUAAAAUUUCAUUUAUAAAAAAAAAUCUCCCUUUUCAUUUUUUUUUUUUAAAAGCUUUCAUAUUAAAAUAAAAUUGGGCUUUUUUGAAACAUACAAACAAGGGUAAUUAGAAAAAGCUAAAAAAUGAAACUAAAAUAUAAAAUAGAACCGAACCAAUCGCUAGAACCAGUUUGAUAAAACCGGGAUUAAACCUAGAAAACCCUUUCCAUUUGUUAUUUGUACGAUGUGUUUAAAUGUUGGUCCAGCUUAUGAUUGUAUACCAACGACAUGUAUUGAAAACAGAGUUACAAAAAAAAAAAGAUGUGUAAAAUAUUCACCCAAAGUUCAAACAGAGUUACAAAAAAUAGAAUUAACACUGUCAAAUAUUCACCCAAAGUUCAAUACUUAGUAUAAAAAUAUUAGAAAGAUGUGUAAAACACUUGGACUGUUUUUACAAUUCCCACUUGUUAUUAUGCUUGUUUAUCUUUUAUUUUGGGAAAUCACUAAGAUAUCUUAAUUUAUUAGUCCAUGUGAGACAUCAUCGGGAAAAAUAAAACAAACUCAUUUUCCUCGAACAUGUCUAAGAACUACUUGAUAUACUACAAUC